AUGCUCCUCGUCACUCAAGUAGUCGUUUUCCUUGUCCUCUCUCUGCAGCACCCCCCUUCCUCUGCAUCUGCCCCUCUUCUCCUUCCUCCGCUCCUCCAUCAUCUUCUCCCACCUCUCCACCCUCCUCUCCUCUCCCUUUUCUCCCUCCUUCCCUCUCUCCUUUCCCUCCUCUCCUCACUGUGUGUCAGAAUGAGCACCACCUGUUUGCUCCUCGUGCUGUCCCACCUCUACCCGUCGCUCAUGGGUGCGUGCAUGGCACUACUGGUCCUGGACCUGACGAGCCACUGGUACCAAAUGUACAGCUCAUUCCUGGUGCGCAAGGCCAGCCACAAGGACGUGGCAGCAACUGACUUUUUUCUCAUGCGCUGGUACUACGGCAGCCGCCCUUUCAUGGCCUACUGCUGCAUUGGCGCUGAGCUGCUGUACCUUGUUCUCUAUCUCGACUCAGACCCGUUAAACCAACAAGUGCAGGUCCCCGUGCCUUACCUCGGCCCUACGGGGGUCAUUCGAGCCCUGGGCCUGGUGUGCCUGCCUGGAUGGGCGCUCAAGCAGGUCACCAACGUGGUGCAGGUGAGGAGGGAUUGGGCUGGUGAGGGGGAGACUGUGGGAGGUGAAAGGGUGAGAUGGGGAGCAAGGUAG